AUGGCAUUCUCAGCGGCAGAACUCCAGAAAAGGCACGGGCUUGAGGGCGCUCCCGAUCCGUUCCCCACUCUCGGUAAUGCUCCCACUCCCAAUAACGGCGACUCGAGCUCUUCUGCUCCCGCGGUGGACUCGGUCGAUGCUUUCCCCUCGCUCGGCUCCUCUGCUGCUCCCGCCCAGUCUAUCGCGCAGCCCGCGGCGUCCCUCUGGGCCAAGGGUCCCUCGUCUAUCAAGACGUCCAAGUCAAAGGCUACCGCUCCCGGCGGUCUCGGCCGGUCCGGAGCUCCCACGGCCAACAGCCACCCGUUCUCCGACACCUUCUCGAUGCCCUCGGCGGACGUCGCGACCGGUAAGACCCUGUCCGACACCUUGAAGAAGGUGCAGGACCAGACGGGCGCGAUCGUCGAGAGCGCCACGCAGAUGGCUACGGGGCUCAAGACGUUCUAUAUCAAGGCGGCGGACCAGAAGCGCUUGACGUACGCUCGGCGGAUGAUUGAGCGGGGUCUCUCCAAGCCCGUCACUAUCGAGGUCGAGGUGCCUAUCUCCACCCUCGGCACGAUCAUCGGACCCAAGGGCAGCACGCUCAAGGGGAUCACGGACUCGACGCAGUGCAAGAUCGACAUUCCCCGGCGGGACACCUUGCCGGCGUACGAGCCCAAGGAGAAGGCGGAUGAGGAUGAUGAGGACGAGGACGAGGACGACGAGCCUCAGGUCAACAUCACCGUCUCGGGCCCCUCGGCGGCCUGUGCCGACGCCAAGGCCAAGAUCCUCGGUCUGAUCAGCCACAAAGUCAGCCAGUCGUCGGCGUCCAUCAAAAACAUCCCGUCCUCCUUCUACCCGUUCAUCGCUGGGCCGAAGGGGAGCAAGGUGCGCGAGUUGGAGGAACGGUAUGGGGAUGUCAAGAUCCACGUGCCACCCCCGGCGGUAUGGAAGGCGCUGGAAAAGCAGGGCGAGGAGGAUGAGGGAGCGGUCGAGCGGGACGUCAGCAUCAAGAUCAAGGGGGACAAGGAGAAUGUCAAGGCGGUCGUCGCCUUGAUCCAGAACCAGUACAAGGAUCUCUCGGAACAGAUGCGCGAACUCAAAAUUUCCAUCCCCAAGCGCCAACACCGGUUCCUCGUCGGCUCCACCGCGGAUGGGAUCCUGUCCCAGACGCAGUGUAUCGUCGAGCUCCCCUCUGUCGAGGACGCGAGCGACGUCUGCGUCAUUCGCGGUCCCCAAGCGGGUCUUAUCCCGGCCUUGACCAUUGUCAUGGACGAGGCCAACAAGGUCGCCGUCGAGACGGUGGAUGUCGUCGCUCUCCACCGGUCCGGCGGUUCGGAUGCCCUCGCUCACGCCAAGCGCAUCGUGCGGUUCUUCCAGCGUUCACAGAAGCUGCGUCAACUUGCUUCCGAGGGCGUCAAGAUCUUCCCUCCUUUUGCGUCUACCAUCUCGUCGUCCGGUAACGUCGUCAUUGACAUUGUCGGCGAGGACAAGGCGGCGGUUGCCAAGGCAAAGGAGCAGGUCACGCAGCUCGUCAAGUCCCUUCCUCCCUCAUCAGUCACUACGGUCGAGAUUGACUCGCUCGUCCAUGCCCUCUUGAUCGGCAAGAAGGGCGCCAAGAUUGCUCAAUUCGAGUCGGCCCAGAGCGUGACGACCGUUUUCCCCGCUCAAGCGGAAGAGUCGUCCGAGGUCGUCCUCGUCUACACCGGCUCGUCGACCGACAAAAAGGCGACGGCUUCUGCUCUCGACGCUGCCUCGGCGGCGCUUCAGGAGCUCGCGCGCGGCGCAGCAGACAUGAAGACCGAGACGCUAGACGUGGACAAGAAGUGGCACCGCGCCAUCAUUGGUCCCGGGGGUACUGUCCUCAACGCCUUGAUCGGCGAGGACCAGGCGGUGCUCGUCAAGGUCGGCGCCAAGGCUGACGACGGAUCCAACGCCAACGAGGACGUCGUCACUGUCCGCGGACCCUCGUCCGAGGUUGACCGUGUCAUCUCGCAGAUCAAGCAGAUCGUCGAGGAUGCCAAGAAUGACGAUAUCAUCAAUGGCUUCACGGCGGAACUUUCGGUCGAUAAGAAGCACGUCCCCCACCUCGUCGGGCAGGGCGGUAGCACCAUCAACAAGCUUCGGGAGACGCUGGGUGUCAAGGUCAACUUUGACGAUGCGGAGGACAAGAAGGGCAAGAAGACUGUCGCUUGCAAGAUCGUCGGACGCAAGGAAGCUGUCGAGGAAGCCAAGAAGCGUAUCAUUGCCCAGAUUGAGAAGCUUGAGGAUGAGACGACCGAGACUAUCACGAUCAAGCGCGCGAUCCAGCCGGCUCUUAUCGGUUCCAGCGGAAAGUACGCCAUCCGGCUCGAGGAGAAGUACGGCGUCAAGCUGUCCUUCCCCCGAGAGUCCAAGGACGGGACGGCACCUUCUAACCCGGACGAGGUGGUCAUCCGCGGUGGCAAGAAGGGAGUUGCGGCAGUCAAGGCCGAGCUCCUUGAGGCUGCCGCGUUCGAGACUGAAUCUAGGCAGUCUUUGACCUUCACCAUCCCCACGCGUGCGGUCGCGCAGGUGGUCGGGAAGGGCGGACAAGUGAUCAACGGGAUCAAGGAUGAGAGCGGGGCUCAGAUCGACAUUGACAAGAACGGCGAGGGGGGCAAGACGACCAUCACCUGCCGAGGCGACAAGAAGGCCAUUGCGGCUGCCAAGGCGGCUAUCCUCGCCGUGUCCGACUCGGUCGGGGAGGAGACGUCGGCAGAAAUCUCGGUGCCUCAAAAGUACCACCGCUCGCUUAUUGGUCAAGGCGGCCAAAAGCUGCGCGACCUCAUUGUCAGCUGUGGCGGGCCAGAGGAGACGUUCCGCCAGUCCGGACUCAUCACAUUCCCGAGGCAGGGGAAUGAGGAUAUGGACACCGUCAAGCUGCGCGGGGAGAAGGGGCUGGUGGCCAAGAUCAAGGCCGAGUUGGAGAAGCAGGUCAAGCAGCUCAAGGAGACCAAGAUUGAGGGUGUGGUCGUGCCGAAAGAUCAGCACGCUAGUAAGAUUGGUCGAGGGGGUAUGGCGCUCCAGUCGCUGCAGAGGGAGUCGGGCGCAACGAUCCACUUCCCCGGGUCGAGGCAGUAUGGUUCGGUCGGAGAGAUUGAGAAUGAUCUCCCGGCCGAGACGGACGCGGCGGACAUUGUCAAGGUCAUUGGGACCAAGGAGGCUAUUGCCAAGGCCAAGGAGUCUCUCGAGACCUUUGUCCAGCGCGCGCCUCGCGAGAACACCGGCCGCGGGACACCCGACCAGGCAUCUCGAUCUCUCUCCAUCCCCAAGAAGUACUAUCACGCUCUCGCAGACCAACAGAACCUCCUGCGUCAGAUCCGCUCUGCCGGCGGAUACCUCACUAUUCCUCAGCCGGCGCCGCCAAAGCCCAGCCACAAGCCCUCGGCUACCGCCAAUUCGGCCGCCAAGUCGGCUCGGAUCGAUGCGGACGGGGACGAGGGGGCGCAGCCCGAGGAGGGGAACUGGGAGGUCAGGGAGAACCACACCGAGGGCGCCGAGGGGGACGAGACGAUCGAUUGGGUCGUCAGGGGUAAAGAGGAGGAUCUGGACAAGGCGGUGGCGGUGCUCCAGGCCGCGCUGGAUGGGGCCAAGGCUGCGACUCAUGUCGGUCUCCUGACUGGUCUGCCCCGUUCGGCGUUCCCUCGGAUCAUCGGAACCAAGGGCGCGACGAUCUCGCGUCUGAGGUCCGAUACCGGCGCGGACAUCCAGGUCGGGAAGGACGAUGAUCUGAUUACUAUCACUGGAGAUGAAUCCUCGGUGAACCAAGCAAAAGACGCGAUUUUGGCCAUUGUGCAGCGUCCGUCCGGAGGUCAGAGGUACUAG